CUCAAUCCGACACCUCUUUGGGCCCAGGCACGGCCGUGCAACUACCACUGCCAUGGAGACAAGAUGUUGUACAAGCGCAAGCAGGCUAGCAUCGAUGCGAUCUCAACCUCUAACCUAGGAUCUCCAAAAUCAACGAAGACUGCAACUCGAGCCAACCCUAAGGGUUCGACGCUUCCGGAGCUCAAGUCCCCGAAUAUUAAAACCGGUGUCAUUCGCGCACAACCUAUUCGCGGCCGACCAGCUACUCCGACACUCCCUCCACCAUGGACCUACUAUCCUCCACAGCCGUGGAGCACGGGAACAGAUCCACCCAUUCCCGAGCUAGUUCAAUUCUCAUUUGGCUAUUGAACUCCAUAGCCAUUUCUUCUAUGCGUCUAUCUAGCUAGAAAAUCCCCCGAGUUUCUACCAGCAAUCAAAACACAAUGUACCACUGCGCACAGCCACCCUCGUCCUACGUUUCCCCUCACCAA